UUUUUACCUCAUCACCCCUAUCUACUCGCCACUAAAAUUCUUUGGGCUUAUUAUCUGCUAAGUACGGGUGCUCUUUCAAAUUUCGGGCCUGGGUACCACCGAGUAUAAAUCUCGCCCGGUUUGCUUGUUGCGUUUGUGUUCGCUUACUCCUACGUCAUUUCUUUCAGACAUGGAGGGGUGGUGAUAGGGCCGCAAACCUACUAAUUACCCCUAAACGUAUCGCUUGGAGCAAUAACAGAGCGCAUCAACUUAUCAUGGCUCGUAAGAAUAAGAAACGUCAGACUCAACUUACGUUUGAGUCUACUGGUGCUUCUAGCUCGCCGGGUCGAGCUGCACCCGCCAACGUGCGGUUUUCUAAAGAUACAGGUGCGAGCAGUAGUCCAGGUCGCGCAUCCCCAGCGCAAGCAACUCGUUCUUCGGGUCGCUCUAAGAAGAGGCAGAGUAAACUACGAGGUACUGUUGGGUUAUCACAAAAUACGACAUCGCCGGCCCGGCCCCCCCCAGCUAGUUUCAUGCCAAAACUUCAUGACUCUAAGCGCCCCGCCGUGGGUGAUGAUUCCGAGUCUGAGGCUGAAGUGCCAGACCGAGAGGGAGAGAAUAACGUCCCUCUAAAGUCGUCGCAGUCUGUCUCAACUAGACUUCAAAACACCGUCAUUGAUGACGACGAUGACGACGAUGACGAUGAUGAUGAGCCAAUCGCUCCCCCCUCUACACUAAAACGUCGACGUCCUCCUGUUAUCGCUUUAGACGACUCGGAUGACGAUGACCGUCCUAUUGUCCCGCCUAGCUCACUGAAACGCCCACGCCCGAGAUUCAUUGAACUUGAGGACUCGAGCGACAGAGAUGUUUCACCGGUGAAAAAGAGGAAGACAUCAGUCUCAACUCCUGGUCGACUUAAGAGACCAACCUCUCUAGUUCCUUCUUCACCCACAAAACGGGGCGCACUGAAGGGUCAUCGUUCUGAAAAACAGAAGAAAAUGGAACUUCUUCGCCGCCGAAGAGCUGGCGAGAAGGUUGAAAAGCUUACAUCUUCAGAAGAAGAUUCUGAUGGGGAGAGGCGUGGACUCUACGACACGGACCCAGAGGAACAAUUCGUCGUCCUGAAGGACUUCGAUGACGAGGAGUCAGAAGGUGAAGAGCAAGAACAGGAGGAAAAGCCUGCUAAGCGAUUACGACGAAAGGAAAAGAAAAUUGAGGAGACAAGCCAAAAUGAUAACCAGGGGGGUAUCGAGGGUCAAGAUGGAGACGACGAUGAUAAGGACCUCGAAGAUUUCAUAUCUGAUGACGACGAUGCGCCCCUAGGAGCUCCUGCAAACCUGGAUAUUCCCCUGGAAUUCACAGCUCAAGCACAUAGGCCACUAAAGGACCAAUUCCCAUAUGUCAUUGAGUGGCUAGUUCACAACCGUAUCAACCCCGCGUUCGAACGCAACGACCCCGUCUACAAUAACGCCUGGCGUAAACUAGACGACGAGGUCCGCGCUCUCGCAUCCUCCAAGUUCGCUUCCGCCGCUUGGAAGGCCGAGUUCUACCGUACUCUAAAAGGCAGGCCUAAGAUGGAGGCUUACGAGAUGGAUCGAUCCGAAAGAAGCGGUGGCCUGUACGACACAUGCGACGCCUGCGGCCGAAGCAACCACCCCGCCUCCUUCCGCAUUAUUUUCCAAGGGCACCCGUACUACAAAAGUACCCUUGCAGAUGUCGAAUCUGAUACCGAGGAUAAUGACAGCAAUGAAGACGAAGACAACGACAACGAAAGCGACGCCGGAUCCAUCGACACGCAAGGUAUGACGCUACCUUCGGUAACUAGAGAAUGGCACGUAGGCGUUGUAUGCUGCAGUAACGCGGAAACCGCACACAGUCUCAUCCACUGGAAACACGCCCUCAAGGAAUGGGUCGAGGAGCGGCUCGAAGACGACGGGUGGAUGGCUGCGCACAAACUUAAGGAGCGCGAGCGCUUGAAAGCUAGGAAGCGCCGCGAUCUGGCGAAUGGGAUUGUCGAUGGAUGGCGUGAGAAGGGUAUAGUGGCUGCGCUGUAUAAGGACUUUAAGAGUACGCUUGAGGGCGCGCGGAAUAAGACUACGGGGGGGCGAGGGAGAGGACGGUUUCGGUAAGGGGUUUGUUGUAAUAGACGAUAAACCUGCUGCUAUUUUCCUUUUAAGAUCUUGAGGUCGAUAUUGGAAGUUAGGUACUACUACGAGAGAUGUUGAUACCCAGGAGCUUACUAGUGGUACUUUGUACCGCAUGCAAGAUUAGGUACUCGAUCUCUGGGUGGAAACCUGCAGGAUAGGAAGGGCAGUUUACAAGAGCCCCGAGCUAGUUAUGAAGUCACGAAGUCACACGAAUACUUCAA